GUAACUGUCCCCAGCUCCAGUGCUGCAGGCACAUUGUUCCAGGGCCUCUGUGGUGCUCCUGAUGCCCCUCACCCACUGUCGAAGAUCCCCGGUGGGCGAGGGGGCGGCAGGGAUCCUUCUCUCUCAGCUCUAAUAUAUAAGGACGAGAAGCUCACUGUAACCCAGGACCUCCCCGUGAAUGAUGGAAAACCUCACAUCGUCCACUUCCAGUAUGAGGUCACCGAGGUGAAGGUCUCAUCCUGGGAUGCAGUCCUGUCCAGCCAGAGCCUGUUUGUAGAAAUCCCAGAUGGAUUAUUAGCUGAUGGGAGCAAAGAAGGAUUGUUAGCACUGCUAGAGUUUGCUGAGGAGAAGAUGAAAGUGAACUACCUGUUCAUCUGCUUCAGGAAGGGCCGGGAAGACAGAGCUCCACUCCUGAAGACGUUCAGCUUCUUGGGCUUUGAGAUUGUACGUCCAGGUCAUCCCUGUGUUCCCUCUUGGCCAGAUGUGAUGUUCAUGGUUUACCCCCUGGACCAGAACUUGUCUGAUGAGGACUGAUGGUCAUAGAGGAUGCUUUGCCCAAGAGCCACAGUGGGGGAAGAGGGAAAGCUAGGCAGCCCUGGGACAGAGGAGAGGGUUUCCGGCUGUCUAGGGAAGGACAUUAAGGGGCUCAGGUUGAGGGCUGCCCAUUGUGUUCUCGGAGUUGACUCGUUGAAAUUGUUUUCCAUAA